AAUAAUUAACAUCUAAUGAUGAUCAAGACAGUUGGAGAUGGGUACAUUCUGUAAAUGAGAUGUCCCCCCACAUGGAAAUUUGAGACAGACCUUAAUUACAAUUUUUACAAUGUUUAUAUAGCCAAGCCAAAUACCCAAUCUGAUCCUAUUUUGUUAUCUUCCUCAUCUAACCACCACUCAUUUAUGGAAUGAUUUUGGAGGACAUCCUUCAUUUGACAUAUCUGUCCCUUUUCACUAUCAAUGUUCCCUACCAAGAUGGGACACUUACUAUACUGCCAUUUAUCCUCUUCCUAGACACCUACACCUAACUGGGUAAUUCCUUCCCUUCCAUAUUUCUUCACAGAUUUUUCAUGGAGAUGGAGGGUAGAAAACAUACUUGUACCUACAUAAACAUUCAUAUCUUUUCAGUUUCGAUUGACUGACUCUUUUCACUAUACCUUUGUCUUCUUUACUGGUACUUUUUAUGCCCCUAUAUUUAUAACACUGUUCUGGUGGAAUUAUGAUAAUAAAGGGCGGUUUUCGAUCAUUUUCAAGAUGGGACUUGAUCAGGAACCAGCUUCACUUACUUCUGCUGACAUGUCAUCUAAGAAAAAAGAGUUGCUCUCUUCUGCAAUGAAGAGAACUAGUGAAUGGAUUUUUUCUCAGGAAAUUCCUAGUGAUGUCACUAUUCAAAUUGGUGAUUCCUCCUUUGCUUUGCAUAAGUUUCCAUUGGUGUCAAAAUGUGGAUACAUAAAGAAAUUGAUAUCAGAAUCCAAUGAUUCUGAUGGCUGCAAGAUUGAAAUUCGUGACAUUCCUGGAGGAACAGACGCGUUUGAGCUUGCAACAAAGUUUUGCUAUGGGAUAAACUUUGAGAUAGACACAGAGAACAUUGCCAUGCUCCGCUGUGUAGCCGAGUAUCUUGAGAUGACAGAGGAACAUGCAGUAGGGAACCUUGUAGGAAGGACCGAGGCUUUCAUAAAUGAAGUAGCGUUAAAGAGUCUUUCUUCCUGUGUUUCGAUUCUGCUUACAUCAGAAACCCUGCUUCCCGUGGCGGAAGAAGUCAAGUUGGUGAGCCGUUGUGUUGAUGCUAUUGCUUUUCUGGCUUGCAAGGACAGCCAAUUUUCAGGGACUAUCCGGGUAGAAGGUGGGAACUCUUCUUCGUUAGUUCCUCAACAAAAACCCGUUGUGGAGUAUUGGUGGGCCGAAGAUUUAACUGUUCUUAGAAUCGAUAUGUUUCAAAGGAUCCUGAUUGCUAUGACAGCCAGAGGAUUUAAGCAAUAUGCUCUUGGUCCAUUACUCAUGCUGUAUGCUCAAAAGUCUCUUAGAGGUUUGGAGGUGAUGGGUAAGGGGAGGAAGAAAUUGGAUCCAAAGCAAGAACAUGAAAAAAGGGUUGUCUUAGAGACCAUAGUGAGUCUUCUUCCUAGGGAACGAAAUGUAUUAUCCGUUAGUUUCCUGGCCAUGUUGCUUCGGUCUUCUACAUGGCUUGAGACAACUGUAGCUUGCCGUCUUGAUUUAGAGAAGCGGAUGGCCUUGCAACUUGGUCAGGCAGCUCUAGACGAUCUUCUGAUACCUUCAUAUUGUUUCACUGGGGAAACCUUAUUCGAUGUGGAUUCAGUGCGGAGGAUCAUGGUAAACUAUCUCGAGAGCGAAGUGGAGGGAAAUCAUCUAGGUUAUGGUGCGGGAGAGAAUCAUGUCGCUCCUCACACAAAUGACCUUGAACGAGUCGGAAAAUUGAUGGAGAAUUACCUGGCUGAGAUCGCUUCUGAUCGAAACUUGACAGUGUCCAAGUUUACCGGUCUAGCUGAGCUUAUUCCUGAACAAGCUCGGGUCACUGAUGAUGGGAUGUACAGAGCUAUUGAUAUAUUCCUCAAGGCUCAUCCAACAUUAAGCGACCUGGAGAAAAAGAAAGUGUCCAGCUUAAUGGAUUGCCAGAAGCUAUCUCCCGAAGCAUGUGCACACGCAGCUCAGAACGACCGUCUGCCAGUCCAAACAGUCGUUCAAGUCCUGUACUAUGAGCAGCUGCGCAUGCGUGAGUCUAUGAACGAAAAUUCCGGGGGUGAUUCAAAUUCAUCUGCAAACGCAAUGAUUCCUCCAAAAACUCUGAGUUUGUACCCGACUAAUACACCUUCCUCGGAUGAGUUGUUGAGUCUAAGGAGAGAAAACGAGGGUCUAAAACUCGAGCUUCUUAAACUCAAAAUGAAGUUGAAGGAGGUUGAGAAACCUGUGAAUAUGGUUGAAAAUAGUACAUUUGGAUCAGAUACUAGUAGUCCAGCUAAAAGUAUGACUUCUACUGCUAAUGAUAAUGCAAAUGCUGCUAAUCAAAAGCCACCUUUGCCUAGGAAGUCGUUUAUGAAUUCCGUCAAGAAAUUGGGGAGGCUUCUUAUUCCUGCCGAUGGAGUGCUCACACCUCCUCGACGUGGUAAGGCUAGUAAAGGUCGUCGUCAUUCCAUCUCGUAAGGCUCUUCUAGCUAUGGCCUUGCCUGGCUGUAGGGGACUUAUUUUUGGAGUAAUGUACAGUUUAAGCUCAUCUAGUUGCUGAAACUGCAUGCGCUGAGAAUUGAGUAAACUGCUGUUUCUUUUUUUUCCA